CAUCUGCAUGCCAUCUAAUUCUUUCGUCGAUCUGAGCUUCUAGCGCGUUUUGAUUAAGCUCAAGAUGUGUGGACGAUAUGCCUUAGGCGUGCGCAUGAACUUCAUCCGCAACCGUCUUCAAGAACAAGGCAUGGAGGUUGAGGAAGCACCUGAUGACGACGAAGUCCGCGAAACCUACAACUUCGCGCCGGGCAACAACGGCGCCGUCUACCUCGCUGAUACACCCACAGAGAACCACCCAGACAACCGACAAAGACAACCCAGUCCAACUGACCAAGUCGCAUCCGAAAAGAAUGCCGUGCACCCUCACUAUAAGCUCCAAAGCAUGAGAUGGGGUCUCAUCCCAUCGUGGACGAAGCGCAAACCAGACUACGGAUCACUGAUGCGGACGAUUAAUUGCCGGGAUGAUUCGCUAUCAGAAGACCGGGGGAUGUGGACGUCCAUGAAACGCAAGAAACGGUGCGUGGUGGUAUGUCAGGGCUUCUAUGAGUGGUUGAAGAAGGGCCCUGGGGGGAAAGAGAAGAUCCCGCAUUUUGUGAGGAGGAAGGAUGGUAACUUGAUGUUUUUUGCGGGGCUUUAUGAUUGUGUCUCUUAUGAAGAUUCCAGUGAACAGCUAUACACCUAUACGAUUAUCACGACAUCGUCAAACCCUUAUUUGAAGUUCCUGCAUGAUAGGAUGCCGGUGAUUCUGGACCCAAAUAGCGAGAUGAUGAAGAUUUGGCUGGACUCGGGACGGACGACUUGGUCGAAGGAGUUGCAAUCGGUUCUCAAACCGUAUGAGGGAGAACUGGAGUGUUAUCAAGUGCCGAAGGAGGUCGGGAAGGUGGGAAAUAAUUCCCCAGACUUCAUUGUUCCCGUGAGCAGUAAAGAGAAUAAGAGCAAUAUUGCCAAUUUCUUUGCGAAUGCGAAGAAGGGAGGUGUGAAAGAGGAACCAUCACAGGAUAUGGUGAAAGACGAGAGGGCCACGAAAGAUGCGGAAUGGAGCGAGGACAAUGCUCCCAAGCCGGUUCCCGGAGUCAAGAGGGAGCAUUCCUUGGAGGUCGAGACGGGGGAAACCAAGAAGCCGAAGACGGAGUCGAGUGUGGCUUCGAGCCUUGAAUCUAGUUCACCGUCUAAGCCAGUGACGCUUGCGGGGAAGACGAUGCGCAGUGCCACUCGAAAUACGCCGGUGAAGAAGACCCCGGAGAAAAAGUCCACUGCAGGGACCCAGCGUAUUACGAACUUUUUCCACAAGUGAAAGGAUGGAGGAUGGAUAUGUUCUACCCUCGGGCUGGACCUGAGCUGGUCGACUGUAACCUAGGCAUGACCAAAUUGCGUCAACUGCCAGCAGUUUGUAUGGAAAGCUAUUCCACAAAAGCUAGGUUAAUAAUACAUCUGAGCUAUUGUAC